AUGCCGGUCUACAGCAUCCGCGGCGUCAGCGUCGACUUCCCCUUCGACGCCUACGACUGCCAGAUCACCUACAUGGACCGCGUCAUCGAGUCCCUGCAACAGGGGAAGAACGCGCUGCUGGAGAGUCCUACGGGGACGGGGAAGACACUGUGCCUGCUGUGUGCGUCGCUCGCGUGGCGCCGCACCUUCGGCGAGUUCCUGCGGGUCGGGCGUGGCGGCGGCGGCGGCGGGACUCAGCAGUUGCCCUACGGGAGCCAGCCGUCCGUUAGCCAACAGUCAGAGGAUUCCACGUCUCAGCAGCAGCAGUCGCGGUACCCAGUCAUCAUCUACGCCUCACGGACCCACAGCCAGCUUCGGCAGGUUAUCAAGGAGCUUAAGGCCACCAGCUACAGGCCGAAGAUGGCAGUGCUAGGUUCCCGUGAGCAGAUGUGCAUCCACGAUGAAGUGAGCAAACUCCGCGGAAGAGCACAGAACAAUGCCUGCCACUUCCUCUGCAAGAAACGACGGUGCCCUCAUAAUAACCAUGUUGCUGAGUUCAUGAAAAACAAACCUGAGCUCGGGAAUGAGCCUUUUGACAUAGAAGAUUUGAUUAAUAUUGGGAGGCGUAAGGGCCCGUGCCCAUAUUACAUCUCCCGGGAACUUUCAAAGUCGGUUGAUAUCUUGUUUGCUCCUUACAACUAUCUUAUUGACCCGGGAAACCGUCGUUCCUUAAAUGGCAUACCAUGGGACAAUGCAGUACUUAUAUUUGACGAAGCACACAACUUGGAGAGUAUAUGUGCAGAUGCAGCCUCUUUUGAUUUAUUUCCGAAUAACCUCACAGCUUGCAUAGCGGAAGCUCAUGAAUGCAUCAAACUGUGUGCAGCAAAGAGGUCCAUUGAAAAAUCUGCUGAUAAACAAUUUGAUCCUGAAAAUUAUGCAAUCCUCAAAGCUCUCUUAAUGGCACUUGAGAAAAAAAUUGGUGAGCUGUUAAUUGCAUCCAAGGAGUUGGGGUACACAAAAGCUGGGAGUUACAUAUAUGAUUUUCUCUCUGAACUGAACAUUACGUCAGACACAUCCAAAAAACUGAUUGAGACAAUUGAUGGUGCUUCUCUGCUACUAGAGGAAGGAAAUUCUGCUGAAACUGGGCCAGGGGUCCAGGCAAAGGCCGCAGUAUCUAGAUUGGAGUCAAUUAGGGACAUGUUAGACAUAAUUUUUAGGGGUGGUGGUCAAAACCAUGCAAAAUAUUAUCGAUUUCAUGUGAACGAAUCUCAACAAACAUCUGGAGAUGCAUUGAAAGUUCUGGGUAAGUCUUCAAGGACCCUUAGUUGGUGGUGUUUCAACCCGGGGCUGGCGAUGGAAGAAUUUCUCAAGUUGGGUGUGCGCUCCAUUAUAUUAACCUCAGGCACCUUGUCUCCCUUGGAUUCGCUAGCCAUGGAACUAAACCUUGAAUUCCCAGUUAGACUGGAAAAUCCGCAUGUCAUUUCCUCAGACCAAAUCUGGGUUGGAGUUGUGCCUGUUGGCCCUUCUGGACAUGCUCUUAAUUCUUCUUAUCGCACGCGUAAUACUAUACAAUAUAAACAAGAACUGGGCACUGCAAUAGUAAACUUCGCACGCAUUGUGCCAGAUGGACUCCUUGUUUUCUUUCCUUCAUAUUCUAUGAUGGACAUGUGUGUUGAAUUCUGGAAAAAUAGGAACCAUUCAAAUUCAGCGUCUGAGAACACAAUUUGGCAGCGGAUCUGUAAGCACAAGCAGCCAGUUAUAGAGCCUAGGCAGUCAUCAAACUUUCAAAGUGCAAUUGAGAAUUAUAGAGCCAAAUUACAUGAUUCUUCUUCUGGGGCAAUAUUUUUUGCAGUGUGUCGUGGCAAGGUUAGUGAGGGUCUUGAUUUUGCUGAUCGUGCUGGGAGGGCAGUGAUAGUUACGGGAAUGCCCUUUGCUACUCCAACUGAUGCCAAGGUUCGGCUCAAGCGUGAGUAUUUGGAUAAGCAGGGGACACCAUCUAAUAAAAACACAAAGACAUUGACAGGAGAAGAAUGGUAUGUGCAACAAGCAGCAAGAGCUGUCAAUCAGGCUGUUGGACGUGUUAUCAGACAUCGCCAUGACUAUGGAGCUAUUAUUUAUUGUGAUGAAAGGUUUGCGUGGCCAAAUUAUCAAUCUCAGAUGUCAUAUUGGCUCCGACCUUAUAUAAAGUGCUACUCAAAGUAUGGGGAAGUAGUCCAAGGAUUGACCCGGUUUUUUCGAGAUAAAGCUUCUUCAGAUCCUUUGUCGCUAGAGCCAACAGAUUGUAAUAAUUGUAUAGCACCAGUAGCAAGUGAACACAUGCCUAAAGAGAAGUUAUCAGAUUUGGCUGCCAGUGCACAAGAUGAAUGCCCUCAAAUCACAUUAUCAGGAAAUUCAACCAUGAGAAGAAGUAACUUCAUGAAGUUGGCUCAGAUCACUCCUGCUAAUCGUUCAACCCUUACUACAAAGCACAACUUUACAUCUACAUCUACGAAGCACAACUUCUCAGAAGACCAACUGUCACAGGAUACCAAGGUUGCUGAUAUGACUGAUGACUUGCCAAUACAAGGGCAUCUGAAGGAACAUACCUUCAAGUCUUUAGGGCUUAAGAAAGCUAAAACAACAGACAGAUCCAAAGAUGCUGUUGGCUCAGAUGACGUCUCUUCAAAAUUGCCUCAAAAUAUAGGGUCAAGAGCUUUGGCCAGAUACCAAUAUGAAGGAUCUACACCUGAACCAAAGAAAAGCACUACAAUAACAGCAUACGGAAAGAAUGAGGCAACCUGUGAAAAAUCUGAAGGCCAGGAAUCUAACUCAGGGCUAGCGUUCUUGAAGCUGGCUCAAGAAAAGCUUAGUAGCGCAGAGUACAAAGAGUUUGUUGAAUAUAUGAAGGCCUUAAAAUCGAAAACUAUGCAUAUCAAGGACUCACUUGAAGCAAUAACAAAGCUUUUUUCGUCCCCAGGAAAACUUCCACUUCUUGAAGGGUUCAGGGUUUUUGUUCCAAAGAAUCAUCUUUCAUUCUAUGAGCAGCUUGUUCGAAGAUAUAGUGUUUGUAGUACAUGA